UCUUCGCUCCAGUGAACUCCCCGGCGCUGUACCUGAAUAACGAGACGAGGUCUCACUACCUUCCACCUCCGCGUCUGACCGGUCACGACCGAACAUGUGCCUCGACCCUCCCUCAGCACACACCGGAUGUUCACGCUGUGUAGUCAACACACUCACCUGGAUUUCCCGGGAGAUCGUGUCCACCGCAGAGCGGAGUUAGCUAACUGCCGCCGCCCGGUCAACACAACUUCUUCCAAUGGAGGAGAAUGGCGCUGGCACGAAUGGCGGUGAAGCCUCCUCUUCUUCCUCCUCUUCCUCCUGUGAUGUUCCCAGGGAGCCGAACGUGGAGCUGAAGAAGCUGCUGUUCUUCAAAGUGUACAAGAGGCGGUGGUUCGUGCUGCUGAUCCUGUGUCUGCUGAACUGCUCCAACGCCAUGAUAUGGCUGACCUUUGCACCAGUAGCAGACCAGUCUGCCCAUUUCCUGAAAGUCACCCUGGAGGGUGUCAACUGGUUGUCGCUGGUCUUCAUGGUGGUGGCCAUCCCGCUCAGCUUCGGCACCACGUGGAUGCUGGACACGCUCGGGCUUCGGAUCACGUUGAUCCUGGGCGCCUGGCUGAACAUGUUCGGAGCCCUGCUGCGCUUCCUCGCCUCGGAUGUGGUCGACAUAUCCCCGAAGGUGGUGUUCCCCCUGAUGAUGGUGGGUCAGACCCUCGGGGCCAUCGCCCAGCCCCUCAUCAUCUUCACCCCCACCAAGCUGGCAGCCCUCUGGUUCCCCGACCACCAGCGGGCCACAGCCAACACGAUCGCCACCAUGUCCAAUCCGCUGGGCAUCCUCCUCGCUAACAUCAUCUCUCCUCUGAUGGCUCAGACAUCUGCUCAAAUCCCAAAGCUGUUGCUUGUCUAUGCAACCCCGGCCUGCUUCAUCUGUUUCCUAGCAACAGUGGGGAUACGGAGCAGCACCCCCCCCACGCCACCGUCAGCCAGUGCCGAGUCCUCCGCCUCGGAACCCUUUGUGCAGGGCAUCAAACUGCUGAUGAAGAACAGACCCUACCUCGUCCUGCUGGUCUGCUUCGGCUCGGGCAUCGCCGUGUUCACCUGCUUCUCCACGCUGCUGGAGCAGAUCCUGUGUGUGCAGGGAUACACCAACGACUUCGCCGGGCUGUGCGGCGCCCUCUUCAUCGUGUUCGGCAUCGUGGGCGCCGGCGCUCUGGGACUCUACGUCGACAAGACCAAGAAGUUCAUCGAAGCCACGAAGAUCAACAUGAGCAUCACUGCUCUGGCCUGCAUCGUCUUCUCAGUGGUGUGUCUGAUGCGGGAGCAGAAAGUGGCCGUGGCCGUCGUCUGUUCCCUCUUCGGCUUUUUCGGUUUCUCCAUCUACCCGGUAGUCAUGGAGCUCUCUGUGGAGUGUUCGUAUCCGGUCGGUGAAGCCACGUCGGCCGGACUCGUCUUCGUGUCGGGACAGGUUCAGUCUGUUCUCUACAUCGUGAUCCUCCAGGCGCUGACCAAGCGGAUCGCCGACUCUCCUCUGUCGACCUGCGGGGACGCGGUGUUCAGCUGGAAAGUGCCGAUGAUGGUGAUGGCCGGACUGUGCAGUUUGUUCAGCUGCUGCUUCGUCGUCCUCUUCCACACGAGAUACAGACGCCUGGAGGCGGAGAUGGAAGCCACGUACGGCACCAGGCGAACCAGUGACCCCGCCCACUGUGUGGAGACCAGUGACCCCGCCCAGAGUGUAGUUACCAGUGACCCCGCCCACAGCGUGGAGACCAGUGACCCCGCCCACUGUGUGGAAACCAGUGACCCCGCCCACUGUGUGGAGACCAGUGGACACGCCAAGAGUGAGGCGACCAGUGACCCCGCCCACAGUGAGGCGACCAGUGACUCCGCCCAUGUUUUGGCGACGUGAACCCGCUAACGGACUCAUGGCGAGAGAAACUUUUUCGUAUUUAGUUUUUUUUACCUCAGAUUAAUGGAUUUUUCUUAAAAAAACUAGAUUCUUUAGUCAAAUAUAUGCGACCAAAGAUUUUACGUACAUUGAGUUUCUAAAGCAGAUUUUACUUUAACACCACUGGUACGUAAAAGUAUCCUCAAAAUAUAUUUCAGCGAUAUAUUGACGAUUAUCUGCAGAAAUACCCUCAGCAGGUAGUUUACAUCAUUCCAUUGAGAAAUGGAAAAUACAUUUCUGUGGUUCUGGUUGUUCACUUUAACAAAGAACCAGUUAUUCAUUAAGAGGAAGAGCAGCAAGAAUUUCAUUAUAUGAAAAUAAAACUUGAGUUCUCUCUGCAUCUGAGCUCAUUAGAGGCGCACAUGAACUUUAAGUUAAUUAUCUUGUCGAUAGUUACACGUGCACACAACUUAUUUAUUUUGUACGCACAAGUAUUUUUUUUAAACAUCACCCGUCUGGAAUGUAAACGUUUAACUUUCCUCUUCCGACCGGGUUUAUUUUUAGUAUAACUACCUUUUGAUUAAGGUAAUCGAGCGGCACAGUGGCGCAGUGGUUCACACGGUCGUCUCACAUGAAGGUUCAGUUCCUUGUUCUCCUGGUGGGGGUUUUCUCCGGCUUCCUCCCACAGGCUGAACUCAUGCAGCUUGGAGGUCAGACUAACUGGAGACUUGAGGGUCAGCUGGACAAGAAGCGACCUCGUAUAGAUGAUUGAUGGAUUCUCUCAUUCCAACCUGAGCUUUAACGCUACUUCCAGGAUCCUUUACCUUUAACUCCCCAGAGGCAGUAGGGGCAUUAAGCUGCAGUGCAUUCUGGUCUAUUUCACGCAGCUUCCAUUCUCAGGGUGUGACAACAGAAACCUGAUGUUUACAGCUGAAGCUUCAGGAACCUUCUUCUCUGCAGCCGCUCGAAAACAACUUGAUGUGUUUGUCACAUCAUCACACACACACGUCUAACUCUGAUUCUUUUAUUCUGAAACUGCUCUUAAGGUUCUAAAGGUUCUGUUUAAGAACACAUUCUACUUGAAAUUGCACAGAUGAAACCAAACCCGUUGCGUUAUUAAUGUCUGUCAUGUUGUGGAGAGAGAAUCUUAAUAACAGCAUUUAAAUACUAAUUAUUAUCAAAGGAUGGUUGUGGGUUUUGUGCAAUAAAGCAUACUGUCAAUGUUCUGUUUGGUGGACGACACUUUUGACCAAAUCAGCUGAUUCCUA